AACUUGAAAACCCUUAAACCCUAGCUGCUGCUUAUUUUUCUUCUUCCUCUUCCCUUGGCACUCUUCUUUUGUCGGGCUUCCUUUUCUCCUUAACCUUGCAGAAGAAAGAGUAAGAGGAAACGAAAAUGAAUAUGAACGAAGAAAGUGAGGAAGCCAGCGCGAGGAGGAUCCAAGUGCGGUUCGUGACGAAGUUGAAUGCGCCGUUCAUUGUUCCGUCCACGGCCAUCGCAAUCCCUGCCGACCUCACUCGAUUCGGCCUAUCAUCUCUUGUCAACGCACUCAUUCAAUCCAACGAUGCUGAUUAUCAGCCUGAGCCUUUUGAUUUUUUGAUCGAUGGCGAGUUCGUGCGGAUGUCGCUCGAGCAGUUUCUUCUCGCUAAGGGAAUCUCUGCGGAAAGGAUAUUGGAAAUUGAGUACACAAGGGCGGUGGCCCCACGGAAGGAGGAAGACCCUUGUUUACACGAUGACUGGGUCAGUGCUGUUGAUGGUUCUUCUUCUCGGUUCUUUUUGACAGGAUGCUAUGAUGGUUUAGGGAGAGUAUGGAAAGGUGCUGGAUUAUGCACUCAUGUAUUGGAGGGACAUAGUGACGCAAUCACUUCUGUUAGUAUCAUCAAUCCAGAAGGUCUGGAAACUGUUACGGUGGCUACUGCUUCAAAAGACCGGACAUUGAGGCUAUGGAAGCUCAAUACAGAAGAGCCUGUAAACCAGCCUAUGAGGGUCAGGGCUUACAAAAUCUUGCGUGGUCAUAAGUCUGCUGUUCAGAGUGUGGCAGCGCAGACUUCUGGAGAAAUGAUUUGUUCUGCUGCUUGGGAUUGUACCAUCAAUCUAUGGCAAACUAAUGACUUUAAUGCAGAAGAUGACCUAGUUUCUAAGAAGAGAAAAAUUGGAGAUCAAGUUGAGGACUCUCAAUUGGAGGGAGAGGCUUUCACUACCCUUGUUGGCCAUACACAGUGUGUAUCUUCUGUGGUUUGGCCACAACGGGAGUCAAUAUUUUCUGCAUCAUGGGAUCAUUCUAUUAGGAAGUGGGAUGUUGAGACUGGCAAAAACUUGUCAGAUAUAUUCUGUGGGAAGGCUCUCAACUGCCUGGAUAUUGGUGGGGAAGGUUCUGUUCUGAUAGCUGCUGGAGGUUCUGACCCUGUCAUUAGGAUUUGGGAUCCUCGUAAGCCAGGCACUUCUGCUCCUGUUUUUCAGUUUGCUUCUCAUACAUCUUGGGUUUCGGCCUGCAAAUGGCAUGAUCAAUCUUGGUUUCAUUUACUUUCUUCAUCCUAUGAUGGGAAAGUUAUGUUGUGGGAUCUGAGAACUGCAUGGCCACUUUCUGUCAUUGAAUCACACAGUGAUAAGGUAUUGUCGGCUGAUUGGUGGAGAAGUGACAGUGUUAUCAGUGGUGGAGCAGACUCCAGACUUUGUAUUUCUUCAGACAUCCCUGUAAAGUAAGCUAUAAAGAAUUAGUGAAAUAUGAACUCACCAUCGAUGUCUAUGAUUCAUUCAUCAUUGGGAUGCUCAAUCCCCACACCAACUGUGCCUCUGACGCAGGGAAGAAAGCUGCAUCGAAUUCUUCUCUGCAAUAUUUAGUGCCCAUUCUGAUCAGCAAAAAACUGUGUAAUCUUUUGGGCUUUCUGAUCCAUUUUUGCAUUAGCUCCCCAAUUUUCUCUAUUAUAAUCUUCACAGGGCUUCAGAUGACCUAGUUUUCCCCUCUCAUCCGAGGAUUCAAAACCAUCUGAUAUCCACACUAGAAAAUGUGAUAAUAAAUCAUUUCCACUUCCUCUCAUGGGUUAUCUUGGGUGUUCGGUAAACUUAUUCUGAUACCUUGUCUGACCAAGAGCGAAAGCUGUUACAGGAAUCUAACUUCAUUCCAUUAUUCAUUUCUAAGGACAUCCCUUUUUAUGAAUAUACGGUGACCAUGGUUCCGACAACCACAGCACCAUGGCUGUUUUCUUUGUCUUGCACUAGGUAGUGGUAAUAAACAGGCCUUGCAUUCAUUUGGUAAUUCUAAUUCUAAUGGGUUUUUAUCAUUUCGAAUACAGUUUAUUUUAAACACUCAAAUUAAAUUCUAUUGUUGAAAUCUACCAUUAUAUUGAACCUUAUUAUAUGUGCGAUUUUAUAUAAUUUUCAAUUUAACUGCUCAAUAUUCUUAA